CCAAAUUGAGAGCAGAAAAAAAGAAAAGAAAACGUUAAUGAUGGCGUCGAAACUUAGCCCAGAAUUUGCUUACACAGUUGUGUACGUCAAGGACGUAGCGAGAUGCGUGGAGUUCUACAAAAAUGCUUUUGGUUUCAGCGUCCGUCGCUUGGACGAAUCCCAUAGGUGGGGAGAGCUGGAGAGCGGGCAGACCACAAUAGCCUUCACACCGCUACAUCAGCACGAGACGGAUGAUCUGACUGGAUCCGUUCAGACGCCGGAGUACGCCCGCGACAGAGCUCCUGUUGAGGUUUGCUUUGUAUACUCCGACGUCGAUGCUGCCUACAAGAAAGCGGUGGAGAACGGUGCAGUGCCUGUGAGUGAGCCAGAACAAAAAGAAUGGGGUCAGAAAGUUGGGUACCUACGAGAUCUUAAUGGGAUCGUGGUGCGAAUCGGAAGCCAUGUUCACCCACCAAAGCAUGACUAAAAUCAGAUAAACAAAGCCUUCCUUCCAUGUGCUUUUUCUAAGAGGGGCCAAAACAAAAAAAAAAACAAAAAGAAAAAAAUCCUUUCAUGUUAAAUUUCCUCGGAGGCGCCUUUUAUGUUUCCGUUUGAUCAUGUUUGUUGACGUGAAAUUUCGUUAAUAGUAAUGUACCAGGUUAUCGCUUAGUAGCCGAUUAGAUUACCGGCCAAACCAAGUGUUAAUAACUACUUUGUAUCCG